GAGGACGGCAUCGACGGCACUUCUACCUACGCAAUGGCCAUUACAGAGCCGGCCCAAGGGGCCAUCAAAAGGGCCGUCAAAAAGGUUGUCAGGAAGGCCACUAACAAAAUGCCCAAGCCUUAUCCGGCACCCCCAGAUCAUGGGAAAUACAUCUACAUCUAUAACAAUCUCCUGAACAACCGAGUUCUGUACUCACUCUCACGGACUCUCGAUGUCGGUGCCCUCCCUCAACCCACCCCCGUUCUUGUGGGAACCGUUGCUCACAAACAUUCCAAAUAGAACAAAGACGCCCUCCGACAGCUAACCUUCGUUGGUAAAAAGUCCGUUCCAGCGGCCCUCCGCAAAGAUGUCUGGGCACCCAUGGCAACAGUAACCUUCAAGGAAACCCUAAUGGGUGCAAACACCUUCCGCAUGCUCCGGGAAUUCCGCCGUCUGCACGAAACCUCCUACUCCAAGGAACUCCUCCAGAAGUCCAAAAAGGAGCGCACCCGCAUCCUCAUGAACCAGAAGGCAAAUUCGAUCGCAGAUCUAGCGGAGAGCAUAAGGAUGCAAGUGGACCGCAUAAAGAAGAUUGCCAACCCACCGCCGCUCAAGAAGGGACAUAAACCUAGGAAGAAUCCGCCGAUUGAGUUGGCGAUACCUCAGGAGGGUGAUGUGGUGGUUAAAUGGUCGAAUAUCUACGACGCGCAAUAUGCGGAGGCGUGGCCUGAAGUGGUUAUGCAUGGGCGUUUGGAGAGGGAUGGGAGACAUACGGCGCCGGCGGAGGGGGAGAAGAAGGUGAAGGGAGAGGUGAGGAUGGUGCAGGAGAUUAAGGAGGCGAAGAAGGGGAUUGUGGAUGAGAUCAUGGCUUCGAGGGCGAAGUCGGCCCAGGAGACGACCAAUAUUGUGCUGUGAGGGGUGGCGGGGGAUUGCCUCAGGGGUGUAUAUGGAUGGAUUCGGGAUCGGUAAGGAGACGUGAACAUAGAUCUUUAUGUACAAAUAGUUACUCGGGAGUUCCCGGCUUGAUAUUGGCCCAAAGUUCUUGCAUAUUCCCUAGGUGCAUGAGUGAGGUUGCAAUGGGUUUAGGACUGGUCUGACUGUUCUCUAUAUAUUCACAAAUAAUCAUAACGCGAUGCCAAU